AUUCAAGUUAAUCCUUCUGGGUAAGAUUGGAACUAUCUCUGUGUUUGGUAGAUAAAGAUAUAUGACUAACUUGUCCAGUUGUUGAGAAAUGGGCCACUGCUGAGUAGGCCUAGAGUUUUCUCAUGUGUAAUUGAUUUUAUGACAUGUGUUUACAUUUUCUGCAGAUUUCCAUUCAGCUGUUGGACUGUACCGGUACUGUAACAUAGUAUGGAUGGUCAAUAUGAAGCAAGCUUCAUUGAAUUCCUCCAAGAGCUCUGUACUCUGUUCUGAUUAUUUUGAAGAUGCUUGCUUUGACUGGACUGGGCAAACGAUUCGUCUUAGACAGGAUGCUGCCCCAACCAUAUUUGAUUUCCCGCCUCGUCUUAAAAAUGACCCAAACCAAGGAAUUCCUGGAAAGAAUUUCGAUUUUGCAAACAACCUCCUAGAUACUGCAAAGACACCUGUACCAAAGUCUUCAGCACCUUCAUUUCUCGAGGACCACUACUACUCAAUACCAGAAAGUCCAAGAGGAGUAAAGUGGAAGUUAACACCAAUAAUGGACUGUUAUUAAAAACUUGGAGAAGAGGCCGAAGACCACACAGAAGUCCUGUAGUGUAGAUCACAUGUACUUGCUGUUAAGUUUGGACAAACAUAAUUUGCACAACUUUACAACAAAUAAUUUACACUGUGUGCAUUCUGAUUAUUUGAAAUAGUUUAUCACUGGGCAUGUAACAAAAGUGAAUUCAUUAAAUAGGAAUG